AUGUCUGCUUCUGCUGGGAAUUUGGCAUUGGUUUGGGAUGACCUAAAAAGUGGUUUCGACGCUAUAUUCAGGCUGGAGACAAUCAAAAGAAAAAGAUAUAUGGAGCUUCAUACUCAUGUUUACAAUUACUGUACAUCAGUCGACCCGAAAUCUCAUGCAACCCCCAGUAGGAAUGCUAUAGAAACUGAACCUGGGGGGAAAUUAGUAGGUUUUGAACUGUACAAAAAGUUGCGCAAUUAUUUAAAGGCUCAUGUCCACUCCUUGAAGCUAAAAGGAAAUAAUCUAGUCGAUGAAGAAACUCUUUCAUAUUUCGAAAAGGCUUGGACAGAAUUCCGUUUUGCAUCCAGAGUUCUGGAUGGGGUUUGUAAUUACUUGAAUAGACAUUGGGUUAAACGAGAAUGUGAAGAGGGACGAAAGAAUGUUUAUGUCGUUUAUACACUUGCACUGAUAACAUGGCGCGAACAUUUACUAAAACCUCACGCUAGGGUUUUAAUCAGCGCAAUUCUUCGUGAGAUCGAACGUGAACGACGUGGAGAAAUUUUAUCUACCUUACGACUAAGAAAGAUUAUUGAGUGCCUGGUUGAGUUGGGUAUUACGUCUGACCAACAGUCUUUCUCAACAUCUACGUUAACUGGAACUGCUUCAUCACCUAGUGAACCCUUGCCAUAUCUAAUGAAACCUUUUAAAUCUCCUAAUUUUCCCCCUAAACCUAGUGGUUCUACUUCAAAACCAAAUAAGUCUGAAGUGGAAUCCAGCUUCCAAGGCACAUCAAAUAAAACCACCCCAAAUUUCCGAGGUCCACUUCAUUCCGGAGAUCCAGCGGAUGAAUCGACUCCCAAUACUCCUAGUGCGACAUCAUCAUUGACAUCGGACACGCGGACCAAUCUAUCAGUUUAUCAGGAAUACUUUGAACGACCAUUUUUGACUGAAACUGAACGGUAUUACCGAUUAGAAAGUGCUCAGUUUUUGCAGUCAAACACAGUACCCGAAUACCUUCAAAAAGUGGAAACACGAUUAAAUGAAGAACGCAUUCGUGUUCAAACUUAUCUACAUAUAAGUACACUUCCCAAAUUAAUUAGAUCCUGUGAACAUUAUCUAAUUGGUGAACAUAUAGAUCGGUUAACAUCUGUCUUCUCAGAUCUUUUCAAUGAAGAUAGAGAGGAAGAUAUAUGGCGAAUGUAUCGCUAG